GUUUCAAAUCUAUCAGUAGCCCUAGUUGUAAAAGUUGUUUCAGAUCUACCAGUAACUAUUGUUGUAAAAGUUGUUUCAGAUCUACCAGUCACUCUAGUUGUAAAAGUUGUUUCAGAUCUACCAGUCACUCUAGUUGUAAAAGUUGUUUCAGAUCUACCAUUAACUCUAGUUGUAAAAGUUGUUUCAGAUCUACCAGUAACUCUUGUUAUAAAAGUUGUUUCAGAUCUACCAGUCACUCUAGUUGUAAAAGUUGUUUUAGAUCUACCAGUCACUCUAGUUGGGGAAGUUGUUUCAGAUCUACCAGUAACUUUAGUUGUAGAAGUUGUUUCAGAUCUACUAGUAAGAGGUUGUCUCAGAUCUACUAGUAAGAGGUUGUUUCAGAUCUACUAG